AUGGUAAGAGCGAUCACCCAAGAGUAUAGUCCGAAAGUGAGCUGCUGGAAAGUUGAAGGUCUCAUGGCUCUUCAAGAGGAAGCAGAGGAUUUCUUGGUCCACUUAUUUGAAGAUGGGAUGCUAUGUGCAUUUAAUGCCAAACGUGUUACAUUGAGCGAGUUUUUCUUGUCCGCUGCUGCAGUUUAUCCCAAGCGGAGAGGUCAGUUUCUUACAACGAACACAGGCCAAGAAAACCUCCGCCAGACUUGCCUUGCUGCUUCACGGGAGAAUAGUGCCUAGUCAUUGAAGUUUAGUUUAGUGGUAUCAGUUCUCUUGGCAGUGAUUUUCAUUGGUAUAAGCUCUGUGAUGCCUGUCUAUGCACUUAUACAAGGCACAACCAACAACCCUAGACUAUUACCUAAAGUAGACAUCAAUUCCUCCUUCUUUGAGCUCUUCACUGUUGCCCCUGUCAUCGUCACAACUUUCACAUUCCACUUCAAGAGCAAAGGGAGAGUUCUUGAUGUGUUGAAGAACUGGCCUAAGAGGAGCAUUCUUGUCACUGUUGUGACUGAUGGUGAAAGGAUUUUGGGACUCAGAGAUCUUGGAUGCCAGGAUAUUAGAAACUUCUUGAGUUUCUUGUCUGCCGCAAAGCAAUACUAUGGAGAAAAAGUUCUUAUUCAGGUUCUACUUAAAAGCUGCUCGAGCUGAUACAGAGGUGGAGUCGAGGUCCAAGAAUCAUUAACGCGCCCUUUGUUUCUGCUCGGCAUAGUUACGUGUGUAAUUGUGAUUUUUUAAAUAGUGGGCUUCCCUAGUGAUAACAUAUUGUAUUUGUGAUUUUAGUUACAAAACAUUUUUUUAUAUAUGAGAUAUGAUAUGAAAUUAUUUUAUUAUAA